AUGCAGUUCCUUGCCAUCGGCUGGGCUGCCAUCAUAGCGAUAGUUGUCACGUCGGUGAGACAUUGGGUUGAUAUAUGGACGUCCAUGCCCCAGCUCACAGAGCCUGGUAACUUACCGCCAACACCAUUUAAUGGGUCUCGAACUGUCUUCUCCAAUUCGACCAUCCGGCAGACGCUUCGUAUGACCCUUUCAGCGGAUCAGAUCCGCAUCCGUGUGACGAAUGUAUUUGGUCUGACCGAUCUCCUGGUCACGGCGAUGACAGUUGCACUGCCCGCCAACGGUUCUGCCGGCGUCGCAGCAGUACAACCACAGACAGUCAUGCCAUUAACAUUCAGCGGCAGUCAGUCUAUCGUCAUUCCGAACGGUGCUCUGGCGGUAUCAGAUCCUAUCGACUUUUUGGUUCACAGCGGAUCGAUGAUAUCCGUGUCGAUGUAUCUUUCAGAUGGGCAACAAGGUUUUGCCAUCACCUCGCAUCCUGGCAGCCGUACAACGUCGUGGUUGACUAGUGGUAAUACUAUUAAUGAUGCCAAUAUGACCAGUACCGGGCUGGCUAGUGUUGCUCAUUGGUAUUAUCUCAGCGCGGUAGAGGCUUGGCUGCCCAACACUUCGAGGGCGUUUGCUAUCGUAGGAGACAGUAUCACAGACGGUCGAGGUAGCGAGACAGACAAGAAUAAUCGAUGGCCAGACCUCUUACUGGCUCGCAUGCAAAAGCAGCCCAGCACGAGUCCCAUCGCCGUCCUCAACCAAGCCGCUGGAGGGAACCGUGUUCUCGCGGACGGGCUCGGUCCAAACGCUCAGGGUCGAAUCGAUCGUGAUGUGCUUUCUCACAGUGGUGUUCGAUAUGCCAUGCUCUUCGAGGGUGUGAACGAUAUUGGGAGUGCCGCAGCUACGACUGCCGCUCAAAACGCCGUAUACUCACGUCUCCUUCUCGCAUACCAGCAAUUAGCGACUCGUAUUCAUGCUUUCAGUAUACCAUUGUUUGCAGCAACGAUAACACCAUUUAGCGCACCGAACUCGACAAUUCAACCGUAUUCAGAUCCGCUCAGAGAGGCAACGAGGUCGAAGGUGAACGAGUGGAUUCGGACAAGUGGUGUAUUUGACCGCGUGGUGGACUUCGAUGCUGUUUUACGCGAUCCGCGGAAUUCGACGAUGCUGGAUCCUCAAUAUGAUUCUGGAGACUAUCUGCAUCCGAACGUCAGGGGCUACCAAGCGUUGGCUGACGCGUUUCCUCUCGAGCUGUUCGACAGGUUUUCAGAGGGAGUCUCUAGCUUUAUCUAA